AUGAAGUGGAGCAGAGUGCUAACUGUCGUCGCUGCGGUCGGGAGCUGCACGGCGGCCAAGUCGUACAGGUAUGACCGGAAAAAUAUAAGGAAGUACGACAAGGUGUCGCCCAGCCUGGACGAGGUGCAGAAGCAGGCGGCUGUGGCGAAGACCAACCAGUGGACCUCUUCUGUGCCUGGCAAGGCGUUCGAUCGGUUCGUGGUGAUAUGGCUGGAGAACACGGACUUCGACAAGGCUGCUGGGCAGCAGGAUAUGCAGUGGCUGGCGCAGCAUGGCAUCACGUUGACGAACUACUGGGCACUGACCCACCCGUCGCAACCCAACUACCUGGCGUCGGUGGGGGGCGACUACUUCGCGUUGGACGACGAUCGCUUCAUCCAGGUGCCUGAGAAUGUGUCGUCGAUUGUGGAUCUGCUGGACACGAAGCAGAUCACAUGGGCCGAAUACCAGGAAGACCAGCCAUAUACCGGCUUCCUGGGCUACAAUUUCUCAAACCAGGAGACGUACGCCAGUGCGUAUGUGCGCAAGCACAACCCGCUGGUUCUGUUUGACUCAGUGACGUCCAACGAGGACCGCCUGGCCAACAUCAAGAACUUCACGGAGUUCUACCGUGACCUGAAGGACAAGUCGCUGCCGCAGUAUAUGAUAAUUACGCCGAAUAUGACGAACGACGGGCAUGACACGAACAUCAAGGUGGCCGGCGAGUGGUCCAGGUCGUUCUUGGAGCCACUGUUGAAGGAUGAGUACUUCAUGAACAACACCCUCGUGCUGCUGACAUUUGACGAGAACGACACAUACCCGACGAAGAACGUUGUUUUCUCCAUUCUGCUCGGUGGUGCUGUGCCAGAAAAACUAAGGGGAACGGAAGACCACACCUAUUACGACCAUUACAGCCAGCUCUCCUCUGUUGAGGCGAACUGGGACUUGCCAUCUCUUGGCAGACACGAUGCCACUGCCAAUGUUUUUGAGCCACUGGCAAAGAUCGCAUCCAUCCGGAACGAUGAGGUGGAGACCACUUACAAGUUCAACAACUACACCUAUUUGGGAUAUUUCAACGACCGUUCCAUAUCGUUUCCUGCUCCUAAUAUCACCCUCAUUAACAAGAAUGGCAAAGGUGUGCUUGAGUCCAUUAGGGAAAAGUGGGAGAAGGAGUACUACAACCAGGUAGAGCGUAACUACUUCACCUCCACGACUACUACCAUUACCCCGGGCUCGUCCCCAACUGUGGUAGUGGAUCGCCCGGCAAGCGAUAGCCCUGUCACUGAAUCGGGCAGCAGCAGCAUCCGCCCAACUGGUACGGUAGCGCAAGACGAAAAAGGUACUUUGACCAACCCUUCACCCUCCGUGACGUUUACUGGACACGCCCCAGCUCUUGUCGCUCCCAUCGACAAGCUGGUGCUGCUGGCGCUCUUGGGCUAUUUUCUAAACUAG